GACAGUGUGAAAUCUCUUCUGUCCUCUGCAUGUGGUCCGCUCUGCAAGCCGUGCACCAAUCGCAUAUAAAAGUCCCGCCCUCUUUCAUCCCCGCCAGCCAAUCCACAGCCUCCUCAGGCGGCCCUCUGCUGGUUACGAUCACGUGACUCCGUUCAGCCAAUGACUCGUGGCCCUGGUUGGGUGACAUCACUGACUAGCUGCUUCCCUCCAGCAGCGGAGCUUCAUUUUCUGCUGCUUGUGUUUGUGCUAAAAUGGAGGCUAACAGCUCAACCUAGCCGGCAGCCGUCUCGCCGGCGCUCGGACCUGUAGAUGUUGACAUGCUCUAAAGAGGAGGCCGAGAUGGUUCUGGACGCUCCGGGGCUGAACGGGCCCUUUCAACCCGUGGCCCUGAUGCACUUUAGAGAUGUCCCUCCCGGUGAGCAGGAGAAGUUAUUUGUGCAGAAACUGCGUCAGUGUUGUGUGCUCUUUGACUUUGUGUCCGACCCCCUGAGCGACCUGAAAUGGAAGGAGGUGAAGCGGGCGGCUCUCAGCGAGAUGGUGGAGUACAUCACUCAUAACAGGAAUGUCAUCACAGAACCCAUCUACCCUGAGGUCGUGCACAUGUUUUCAGUGAACAUGUUUAGGACGUUACCGCCGUCCUCUAACCCGACCGGAGCGGAGUUUGACCCAGAGGAGGAUGAACCCACUUUAGAAGCGGCCUGGCCACACCUGCAGCUUGUUUAUGAGUUCAUCCUGCGCUUUCUAGAGUCUCCAGACUUUCAGCCAAACAUAGCCAAGAAAUAUAUUGACCAGAAAUUUGUCUUACAGCUCCUGGAGCUGUUCGACAGCGAAGACCCCAGAGAACGGGAUUUUUUGAAGACCACUCUACACCGCAUCUACGGGAAGUUCCUGGGCCUCCGAGCUUACGUCAGAAAACAGAUUAAUAACAUCUUCUAUAGGUUCAUCUAUGAAACGGAGCAUCAUAACGGAAUCGCUGAACUACUGGAGAUAUUAGGAAGCAUCAUUAACGGCUUCGCUUUACCCCUGAAAGAAGAGCACAAGAUCUUUCUCUUAAAGGUUCUGCUGCCUUUACAUAAAGUGAAGUCUCUCAGUGUGUAUCACCCGCAGCUGGCGUACUGUGUGGUUCAGUUUCUGGAGAAGGACAGCACACUGACCGAACCCGUGGUCAUGGCUCUUCUGAAGUACUGGCCCAAGACUCACAGUCCAAAGGAGGUGAUGUUUCUGAACGAGCUGGAGGAGAUCCUGGACGUCAUCGAGCCCUCGGAGUUCGUGAAAGUGAUGGAGCCGCUCUUCAGACAGCUGGCCAAAUGUGUCUCCAGUCCUCAUUUCCAGGUGGCCGAGCGAGCGCUGUAUUACUGGAAUAAUGAAUACAUCAUGAGUUUAAUAAGUGACAACGCUGCCAGAAUCCUGCCCAUCAUGUUCCCAUCGCUGUACCGAAACUCCAAAACCCACUGGAACAAGACGAUUCACGGUCUGAUCUAUAACGCUCUGAAGCUGUUCAUGGAGAUGAAUCAGAAGUUGUUUGAUGAUUGCACUCAGCAGUUCAGAGCUGAGAAAAACAAAGAGAAAGCCAAGUGGAAGGAGCGUGAGGAGGCGUGGAUCAAGAUCGAGAACCUCGCCAAAACAAACCCACAGUUCAUCAUGUACAUCGAUUCGGCCAGCUUCAGCAGUCCCGUGGACAUGGAGACGGAUGGGCCGAUGAUCGAUGAUGUCAUGAUGCUGAAGAAGACGGUGGAGGAAGAGGCCACGCAGAUCCACAGAGAGCAGCGGAGGGAGCGGCCCCUGAUGAGACGCAAGUCCGAGCUUCCUCAGGACAUGUCGACGGUGAAGGCGCUGGAGACGCAUCGGCGCGCAGAGGACAUGAUCGCCCAGGAAGGCCACUAAAGCACCACAGACGCCCAAAACCAGCCCAGUGUCACCCCGCCGCGCACAGGCCGGCCCGGAAGAGCACUGACGGCAGAGACACAAACAGAAACCAGCGCACCAGUGCCCGUCCUGCAGCUGGCCCAGUCAUCCCUCCGCUCUUUUCUCUUCUGUUUCUUUGUUUUUCUGUCUCUGAAACGUGUCAUGUGCCUGUUGCAGCUCUUUUCAUGCCGUUGCGCUGACAUACAGGCGGGUGGCAAGGUCCAUUUUGACUUAAGAGCACUGGAAGUGUGUCUGUCGGCUGUGUUCGGAGCGAGCGAACCAUUCUCAGGUUUGUCGGGAGGCAGCCGCUCUCGUGUGUUGUUCACUCCGGCUGUGGGAACUUUCAUUCUAGUCUUUCUGUUUGACGACAAAAACCCACUGUAUUACAAUUUCACACAUGCCGAGUUGUCACAAAAGAACUCGCCGGUGCGAAUAUCCUUCCAUUAUAUUGAAGUAAUAUUUUUAAAGUUGGCAAUAAGUUGGUCCGGGGAGAUCUUGCUUGGAUGUUCAAACAAUGGCAAACUGCCUUGUGGUUUAUUUUACGAUUGAUUUGGUUUGGAGCUUUUAACAGGCAAUAUUGAACGCUUUCUUGAUCAGGUUUCAUGUGCAUUUUUCGUCCGAGCCUUUCUUUGCGUCUUUGAGUGCCUUUUCUAACAGAGGACUUUUGUCAAAACGGGCGUUUUGUUCUGUACGGUCACUCACGUCACACAGACCGACGUUUCCUUUCACUCGAGAAUGACGUCAGAAAGAACAGGAAUUGUGGGACCCAACGAAAGACAAAGAAACGCUCCUGACGUCGUCUUUCGUUGGGUUUGUGUAGUGACGAUUCCCUUUGAACCGUUGUUUGAACUUCCAGCGAGUUUCGCCUGGUUUGAACUCGAGCGCAGCAGUUCUCUCCGUGUCUCCCGUCUGUUUGUGACCUGUUUUAAAGUCGCUCGCAGGAUUUCUGUCAUCGGCACACAGAAGCUCGUUGAUGUUUGAUAUGAAUGUGCAAGAUGAAAUAGAUCUAACGUUAGAUGCUGCGUUAUUUUUCUCUAUCCCGACCACCGUCAUGUUUUUAUUUUGAGUUUCUGCAGUGCUAAAAUGUAAAGACAUAGCUGAAAAUGUUCUUUUUCUAUCCCGAUAUGCCGGUGUCAAUAGCCUCGUUUCUUCAAGCCGGUGGUGAUUUUCACUUUCCCUUGUUUUUCAGUUCCUUUGAGGCUAUAAGAAUAAAAUGCAAAGUGUCCUUUAGGAUGACCCCGCCCUCUCGAUCUGAUAUUGUUCAUAUGAUGUACUGUAAUGAUUCAUUUGUUCUUGAAUGGUAGAUCUCUUUAUUUUGUACAAAUGUUCUUGUGUACAGAUGAAAACGCUAUUAGCCACUUGCAGACAGACUCUUGUAACUGCGUUAGAAACGGCGUUUAGGAUGUACUUUCUAAAGUGUUUUUAAUCUUUAUAAUUCCGAUCUUUUCUGUCUCUGCAUUCAUUCAGCUGUCUGAAGAGAUUAUCAUACAUUAGCCUUCAUGUGCUUUAUUCAGUCUCAAGUGGUAUAUGUCUAUAUACAAGAAAUAAAGAAAUCGUGUUUUAUAUUUUCAUCUUAAAGGAACGUA